AUGUCUCAAUCGCACUUCGUCGCCAACCCGUUCAGCGCCAGCGUGAACUGCAUCGAGGAGGAGGAAGAGAACGUCACCUCGCCCACAGAUCCAGUUCGCCCCAGCCAUACCAACAGCACCAGGCAGCCCCCCAGAAGCUAUCCCUCGAGUACAGGCGGCGGCAUGUUUGGCUCUGGCAGCCCGUUUGGCAGCCAGGAGAGUAGUACUACGGCCUUCCCGAACAACUACUCCCUGGGCCGCCGCACCUCCGUCUCCGCUGAAUCUCUCAACCCAACCUCCUCCGGCACCGACAGCUGGACGCCCCCCCAUCACCCCAAGUCGCCCGCGCAGCUCGCCCGCCUCCAAUCGUCCGUCUCCUCCAACUUCCUCUUCGCCCACCUGGACGACGACCAGUUCAAGACCGUGCUGGACGCCCUGGUCGAGAAGCCCGUGCCUGCACGAGACAUCAAGGUCAUCACCCAGGGAGACGCCGGCGACUUCUUCUAUAUAGUCGAGUCAGGCCACUUCGACAUCCACAUCCACCCCUCCGGCACCGCUCAGCCAGGCGGGCCCGCCGGACUGGGCGCAAAGGUCGCUUCCAUCGGGCCCGGAGGCGCGUUCGGCGAGCUGGCGCUGAUGUACAACGCCCCCCGCGCAGCGACGGUCAUCUCCACGGAGCCGUCGACCCUCUGGGCCCUGGACCGCAUCACCUUCCGCCGCAUACUCAUGGACAGCGCCUUUCAGCGUCGACGCAUGUACGAGGCCUUCCUGGAAGAAGUGCCCUUGCUCUCGUCUCUGAAGCCGUACGAACGCUCCAAGAUUGCGGAUGCGCUAGAUACCAUCAAACAUCCUAGUGGCGCCACUAUCAUCGCUGAAGGUGAGCCGGGUGAGUCCUUCUACUUGCUCGAGUCCGGCGAGGCGGUGGCCUACAAGUCUGGCAUCGAGGGGCCGGUCAAGGAGUAUAGACGUGGCGACUACUUUGGUGAACUUGCCUUGCUGGACGAUAAGCCCAGACAGGCGACGGUGGUGUCCAAGACGGAGGUCAAGGUGGCCAAGCUGGGCAGAGACGGCUUCAAGCGUCUGCUCGGGCCGGUAGAGGAGAUUAUGCGGAGAGAGGACUACGGGACCGGCAGCGCCGCGGAGUCGGACGCCGGCAGGGAGCAAAAGGAUGAUACUUGA